AUGGCCAACAGCGAGUUCGGAUAUGUUCGUGACUUCGAAACACCAGAUGCAUUGCCUCCCUCAAACUGGAUUGUGGUCCGCAUUGACGGGCGCGGCUUCAGCAAAAUGACGAAAAAGUACUCAUUCGCCAAGCCAAACGACCGCAGAGCCCUGGACCUGAUGAAUGCCGCUGCAGUAGAAGUUGUACGCUCCUUUGUGGAAAUUGUCAUCGCCUAUGGCCAGUCGGACGAAUAUUCCUUCAUUUUCCAUGAGAGUACGCAGCUGUUCGACCGUAGAUCUGCGAAAUUGGCAACUUCCGUAGCCACGGCAUUCACAGCGGAGUAUUGUAUGCUGUGGCCGAAAUUCAUGGAGGGUACGGAUUUGGAGAGACCGUGGCCGACUUUUGAUGGGCGAUGUGUGUGCUAUCCGAAGAAGAAAAUUCUCAGGGAUUACUUGAGMUGGAGGCAGGCGGAUUGCCAUAUCAACAAUCUUUAUAAUACGACCUUCUGGGCGCUGGUUUUGAAAGGUGGGAUGAGCGGGGCAGAGGCGGAAAAGGAACUACAAGGCAGUCUGGCGAAGGAUAAGAAUGAAAUUCUUUGGGCCAGGUUUGGGAUCAACUACAACUUCGAAGAGGAAAUCUACAAGAAGGGAAGUGUCAUUUCGAGGAUGCUAGAGGAGAAAGUUGCAGGAGAUCAAGUCGGAACGUCGAAUGUCCUGGAUGGCGAGAAGUCUGCACAAAAGAAGAAGGUGGCAGAUCCGRCGAGCAAGAACCAGCUGGAAAAGGAGAAAAAGCGGAAAAUGAAGGCGAAGAUUGUGGUCGAGCAUGUUGACAUUAUCGGAAAGGACUUCUGGGAGCAGAGACCGUACAUUUUGGCUUCAAGGCGAGGAGAAGAUUAUGAGGAGUGA